UUAAAUUAAAUAAAUAAUAAAUUAAAUAAAUUAUUAAGAAAAGACUAAGAUUUAAAAUGAAUAAUAUUAAAAUAAUAAUGUUUAAGCUAUUAAGAACAUAUUUCACUAAAUCUAAAUGUGAAUCUGUUGGUAUACGUAGAAAAUUAAAAAUAUCGAAAAUGAACGAAUUUGACAAUAAUUUUGAAGAAAUGGAUCAAGAAGACAGUGAAAUAUACGAUUCUGAUUUUAUGACAGUAGAUACAUCUUAUAAAAAUAAAAUCAGAGAAAAUAAGAGAAUCCAAGAACAAUUAAAACGUCGUAUUAUUAAAAAUAAAGUUUUUAAAGAAAGAGAACCAAAUUUUCUUACAUUUGUUGAAAAGGAUCAAAUAAAAAAACUGCAUGAGAAUAAUCCUGAAGAAUGGACACCUGAAAAACUUAGUGAAAGUUUUCCAGCUUUACCUAAUACCAUAAAAAAAAUCUUGAAAAUAAAAUGGAUACCAAAAUCAGUAGAAAGAAUUCUACAAUAUGAUAAUAAGGUUAUAGAAAAUUGGAAACAAUUAAAAACUGGAAAAUUGGUAGUAAACGAUACCUUAAAACAACAUUUAAUGAAAUUUAAAGAUAGAAAAAUUCAAUUAUGUGAUAAGGAAACUUUAAUGAAAAAUUUUAUACCUCCAGAAAUAAAACUUCCAAAACCCAAAAGUUCAUUUUUUUCUAAUAUCAUAAAAAACUCUACUGAUAAAGAAUCAAUCAUAGAAAAUAAAUUAUUGAUUUCAUCAGAGAAUAAUAUAAAUAAAGAUACAAAGAACUUUAAUAUAACAGAGAAGAAAGAUAUAAAAUUAUUCAAGGAAACAAAUAAUUCUAUUAAUAUAUAUAAGACAGAAAAGUAUAAUACAAAAGAGAAAACAUUAUUGUUUGAAGAAUUCAUGAAAAACAAAUUAAAUAAUCCGAAUGAAAUAUCUCAUGAAGAAAAAAUAGCACUUAUGAAUAUUUAUAAAAAAUAUGUAGAAUCUAAAAAUUCAGAAGAUACAAGUUUUAAUAUAAUGAACAAUAUUAAAAAAGAUGCUAUUGAAAAAAAAAGCAUUAGUAUAACAAAGACUCUAUCUGAUAAAGAUAGUAUUCAAAAUAUUAAGAAAAUUAAAAAAAAUGAAAUUAAAUUAGCAACUAAACUAAAUGACAUAAGUUUAGAUACAUAUAUAAAAGAACGAAAUUCAUUUAUGGAUACAAAUUUUGAAUAUUCAAAACAUAUAAAAAUUCCUCAAAAUGUUUAUAAACAAGGUAUGACAUAUAGAAUAAAAGAUUGUUAUUAUGACGAUGAUGGAGAGUUUUUAUAUAGAAUACCAGGAUUAAAAGGAAACAGUUAAUGAAUUAUUAAAGAAAUUUUGUAUAUUUAAUAUUUUUAUUUUAAAUAUAUUUAAAUAAUAAAGAUAAAAUAUAUAUAAAUAUUUUAAAUAUAUAUUGUAUGUAAUUAUAAUUAAAUUAAUGAAAAAAAAA